UAUGAAUGGGAGAGCUUUCAGGAGUGCGUAGUGUACACCGAGCUCCAAUGCAGUUUGCAGUGGCUCUUUGCCAUAGUAUUGUUUUACAAGCUCUUUGUAACUUAUGGUAUUUCAUACCACAGGCGAUGACAUCAGAGAGUUAGCGUCUUUGCAUUGUGUUUGUAAUACAAAGCUCUUUAUUCAUUUAAGGACAGCCUGGUGAAAGUAACAACUAAACCUGUUUGGCGAGUACAGUAACCGCUAUGUUGUAGCUGGCCGCGUUGCUAAAAAUGAUUUAAUGUUGUCUUGUGUGUCCAAAGUAAAAACAUGUUAAACAAAUGGCUCAAAGGUUAGACAUGUAGUUUAGUAGUUUCAUGUGCCACAGUUUGGGUACUCUGUAGAGGUUUUAUAGGCUACUUAUAAAUAUAUGCAUGUUGAGGAUUAUUCACUUCAAGCAGUAUCUGAAAUGUUAAAGAGAAUAUGUAAAUGAUUGAUAAACUUUUAAACAAUACCAGUGCCAAAACGCGUCAUAUUUAGCAUGUUUUGUUAAAGACUGAAGGGUUUGCACAGUGAAGAGGUCGUGUUUGAUCCUCUGUGAUAACUUCUAGAUACCUAUACGUUCGCCGCUUUGUCUUUAAAGAACAAAAAGGCAAAGAAACAAAAGCCCCACAGAUGCAUCACAGUCACUAGAGACGAGUGCAACAAUCGCCUCUUGUCUUGUACAGUGCAGUGGGAUAGCUGCAUGUCUGUGAAGAUUUGAAUAGAACGGAAAGAACAAACCCAGGUCUGUAGCUUGCAGUAUCCUCACAACUUCAAAAGGCUACUUGUGCCCGGCUGUUCUGAUAAUGAGCUUUUGCCUUCUUCACACAUAAUGAGUGGAGGUAGAUAGACGCUGUGAGCACAGUGUGUCCACUCGCAGCUGGGGUGUCUGACUGGCCGGGAACAAAGGCUUAGUGUCUGCGAUAGUGUGGAGCCCCAGCCAUCAGCAAGCAGGCCAAUACACUUCUGCUUGGCUGAGCUGUCAGUCCUCACUGGCCUGCUGGCCUACACACUACAGUAUAGAGAGGAACACAUGGGGAUCGGCUAAACUAUGCCUGUGCCAAAUUGAAAUGAGCCACUGCUACAUUCUCAAAGUUAUAGCUGAUCAGCUUCCCUGGACUUUGCUGACGACCUCCCUUUGUUUUGCCUGAAGAUGGAAACGCUGGAGUCGGAACUGACCUGCCCAAUCUGUCUGGAGCUCUUCGAGGACCCGCUGCUCUUGCCCUGUGCUCACAGCCUUUGUUUCAACUGUGCCCAUCGUAUUCUGGUCUCACACUGCACGCCCAGCGAACCAAUACAAUCCAUCAGCGCCUUUCAGUGCCCAACCUGUCGCUAUGUCAUCACCCUCAACCAGAGGGGCCUAGAGGGACUCAAACGCAACGUGACAUUGCAGAACAUCAUUGACCGCUACCAGAAAGCUUCUCUAAGCGGACCUAAUUCUCCUAACGAGACUCGGCGCGAGCGAGCCGCCCCCGACAGCAAAGCCAUGACUUGUCCCAGUGACCGGGUGCAGUGUCAGUUCUGUGAGCAGGAUCCUCCUCAGGACGCUGUGAAGACCUGCGUCACCUGUGAGGUGUCUUACUGUGACGAGUGUCUCAAGGCCACCCACCCCAACAAGAAGCCUUUCACGGGCCACCGUCUAAUCGAGCCCUUGCUCGAUUCCCAUCUGCGAGGGCUCAUGUGCCUCGAGCACGAGGAUGAGAAGGUCAACAUGUACUGCGUGACAGAUGAACAGUUGAUCUGUGCAUUGUGUAAGCUGGUUGGCCGACACCGGGACCACCACGUUGCGGCCCUCGGUGACCGAUUUGACAAACUCAAGAAAUCGCCUGGCCGCGUUCUCUGUGUGGUGGGGCGUGGUCAUUCACACCAGGAGGCAGACCAGCAUGCUUUGGAUUCCAACCUCAGCAGUCUAAUCAAGAGGACCAGUGAGUUGGAAAGUCUUAUGGGGAAACUCAUCCAAACCUGUCAACAUGUGGAGGUAAAUGCCUCGCGACAGGAAAACAAGCUGCUGGAGGAGUGUGACCUGCUGAUUACUAUCAUACAGCAACGAAGACAAAUCAUAGGAACCAAGAUAAAGGAGGGAAAGUCUAUACGUCUGAGGAAACUAGCCCAGCAGAUAGCCAGCUGCAAGCAGUGCAUCGAGAGGUCCUCCUCCCUCAUCACUCAGGCCGACCAAACUCUCAAGGAGACGGACCAAGCUCGCUUCCUCCAAACGGCUAAAAGCACCUGUGAGAGAGUUUCAAUGGCAACGGCCUCCUCUCAAAUCCUGUUACCAGAUAUUAACCUGAAUGACAGCUUUGAUACUUUUGCUUUGGACUUCACAAGGGAGAAAAAAAUGCUAGAAAGCUUGGAUUACCUCACAGCACCAAAUCCGGCAAUAAUCCGUGGGGAAUUAUGUACAGCUUCAUACGACACAAUCACAGUUCACUGGACAUCAGAUGAUGAAUUCGCUGUUGUAUCAUAUGAACUUCAGUACGCCAUCUUCACCAGCCAAUCCAAUGUUGUCAGUUUGUGUAACUCUGCUGACAGCUGGAUGAUUGUACCAAACAUCAAGCAAAAUCACUACACUGUCCACGGGCUCCAGUGUGGCACCAAGUACAUUUUCAUAGUGAAGGCCAUAAACCAGGCUGGAAGCCGCAGCAGUGAACCAGGGAAACUCAAGACCAACAGUCAACCAUUCAAGUUAGACCCAAAGUCAGCUCACCGGAAGCUGAGGGUGUCCCAUGACAACCUGACGGUGGAGAGGGACGAGACGUCAUCCAAGAAGGGCCACAGUCAGGACCGCUUCUCAAGUCACAGCAGCUACGGUGUCACAGGAAAUGUCUACAUCGACAGCGGCCGCCAUUACUGGGAGGCUCUGAUUGGAGGAAGCUCAUGGUUUGCAGUGGGCAUUGCAUACAAGUCAGCACCAAAACAUGAGUGGGUCGGCAAAAACUCUGCCUCCUGGGUACUGUCUCGCUGCAACAACUCGUGGGUGGUGCGUCACAACAGUAAGGAGAUGCCCAUCGAGCCCUCACCCCACCUGCGUCGUCUCGGAGUGCUGUUGGACUAUGACGCUGGAUCGCUGUCUUUCCAUGACGCUGUCGGCGCUCAGCACUUGCAUGCAUUCGACAUCGCCUUCGCUCAGCCAGUCUGCCCUGUGUUCAACGUGUGGAACAGGUGUUUAACAGUCCUCACCGGACUGCCCAUCCCAGAUCACUUAGAGGGGACAGACUACAACAACUGACAAAACCGGUCCCGCUAGAUUUUCUUUGUGUACCCAAAAAUAAACCAGACUGCCUGCGCCUCAUUGACUGUGAUGCCCACUUACAUGUUGACAAACUGAACGAGAUGCCAUUCAUAGCCCAGGUGUACAUUCCUAAUCAAGCCUAUGUUGAAAUUAAUAGGAAUUAUUUGAGAAAUGAUCGACAAGCAUCUGUAGAUGUAUUUCUUUGCUUUGCACAUGUAUGUACAUUACACUGCCGGAUGGCUUUAAGGAUUUCCUUACAGUUUGAAAUUAAUUUUCAAAUAGGCUCCAGAUUAUUUUUAUUUCUUAAGUUCAUUAUAUGCCGUUCCAUUCAUGUUUGAUUAUAAACCUUUAGGUGCAAGUCACAAACGGACUCUGGCGUUAUUGUUUCUGCAGGAUUUGUAUUAUUGGCUAUUUUAAAUGUUACGCUUUUGAAAGAUUUUUUAAAUCAUAGCACUUUGAGAAGUUGUCACUAUAGAAUUGAUUUCUAAGCCACUUGUACCGUAAUGCAAAUGUUUCCUUGUCAUUGACUUGUAAGGAAAAAGCACUAAAUAGAUCAGAUAACAAAGAUAAAAAAAUUGAAAUUAAGACUAAUGUGAAAUCAGUCAUUUAAGUCAUUCAAAUAUUUAUUACCUGUAAAUUUGUGCAGUUCAGCAUUAUGAGAUCAUUCAUUACAAUUUUCACGUUUAAGUUUCUCUCUGACAAGCUGUAAUAAAAGUGACUUCAUUUGA